AUGCAAGCUAGAACGCCCCAGGAAUGGCCUGAAGGCACAACGUACCUGCGCGCGCCAUCUUACUCAAAAAAGCUCACUAAAGACAAGUUGAAUUUGCUUCUCCUCUCAAAGGCAGAUUUGUCGUCUACAGAGCGGGUUUUGACAACAAGAAGCCCUUAUGCAAACGUUAAAAUCAAGCCGAUAUCAAAUGUUUCACACCCAGCACAUGGCCAACAUGGACUAUACGCUGCGCAGCAUCUACCACCGGACAGUUUCAUACUACCUUAUCUGGGAUUCGUACACGAUCAGACUGAGACAGAUGAAACGUCUGACUAUGACCUUUCGCUGGACCGUGAGAUUGGAAUCAGCGUCGACGCUUCAAAGAUGGGCAACGAGGCAAGAUUCAUGAACGACUAUCGAGGCAUCUCCACAGGGCCGAACGCAGAGUUUCGCGACGUCUUGGUGGAUGUGGGAUUCGGUCUCGUGGAGAAAAGAAUGGGGGUCUUUGUGUUCAGCGCCGGCAAGAGUGGAAAGAGAGCAAAGGGCAUUGGGCCUGGCGAGGAGAUUCUUGUGAAUUAUGGGAAAGGCUUUUGGACCGGGCGUCAGCCAGCUCCCGGAUGA